GUUCAGUCAGUGGUGACUGUUGAGUUUACACGUCAGUUUUUAGUGUAAUAGUACCUCUGAGUCAUUAUGGUGAUGGAUCCAUUCAAGCUUCAGCAAAGAAAUGCCUCAAAAGAGAAGAAUUCCAAAAGUUUACGAAAUGUGAAAUUAAUUCCCAUGGAAACUUCGUCAUCCUCAGAUGACAGUUGUGACAGUUUUGGCUCUGAUAAUUGUGCAAACACAAAGAAUAGGUUCAAAAAGGGUACCAGCAUUAAACUUGCUAAAAUACUUUCAGAGAAUUCGGAUAAUGAAUCGUUUUGUGGGUUUUCGGAAAAUGAAAUCCAAGAAGGCAUGAAAAUUGAAUCGUCCUCUGAACAGGAUAGAAAGAAUACAACUAAAAGGCCACAGAGAGGCCGACCCAAAAAGAAUGUGUCUCUGAAAGUAGCUCUGAAGUUUCCACCAAAAAGAAGUCCAAGAAUAAAUCCACCAAAAGAACCACAAAAAAAUGUUAAAGCCGAUGUUUCAGAUAAUGAAUCAGACGAUGAGAAAUGUUCCAAUUUCUUAGAGAAACGUGCAAUAAAUAUUAAAGAAAAUAAAGAAAUGCUUGCAAAGCUGAUGGCUGAGUUGAAAACCAUGCCUGGUUUCAUGUCCAGCAAAAAUCCAUUCUCGCCUACACCGAAAAGUAAGCGUACUCCAAAAAGCCCACAAUCUGGAAGGUCCAGCAGGAGGUACCCUGAGCGAAGCUCUCGUCCACUCACUAGGUCGCAAUCUUUAAUUGAUGGCCCACCCAGCCCAUCUAGAGAGGAUGAAUCUGAAGAUGACCACUACUACUUGGUGCGGAAACGAAAAAUGGAUGAUGAAGAAAUGGAGGAAGAUAAUUAUGUGCCGAGAAGAAGUCGCCCAAGCGCAAUGACUUUGCCACAUGUCGUUCGACCUGUAGAUGAAAUCACACAGUAUGAACUGGAUCGAAUCUGUAGCAAUGUUAGAGAGAAAGUAUACAACAGAGCAACUGGAACAACCUGCCAUCAAUGUCGUCAAAAGACUACAGACACAAAAACAAACUGCCGCAACCCUGAUUGCAUGGGAGUGAGAGGACAGUUCUGUGGUCCAUGUUUAAAAAAUCGCUAUGGAGAAGAUGUGAAAGCUGCUUUAUUAGACCCAGAUUGGCAAUGUCCACCAUGUCGAGGAAUUUGUAAUUGCAGUUUCUGCAGGCAGCGCAAUGGUCGAUGUGCCACAGGGGUGCUGGUUUAUCUUGCAAAAUAUCAUGGCUAUGAUAAUGUCCAUGCAUAUCUUAAAAGCUUGAAACGGGAACUUGAAAUGGAAGAUUGAAAAUGGUCCUGGAUACCUAGUUUGUUGCUGUGUUUCCCUAUUGUUCUGACAUUUCAGUGUGGCACUUUUAUUGCUAGCACAUUUAAUGAGAAUUGGAUUACUCAUAAAAAUGGUUAAAUUCAAAAUGUAUUCACCAGCAUGGAUUGGUGAUGAUAUUCAAAGAACAUAAAACACCUUAAAUCUUGGUUAAACACACAUUUUUGUUUUUGACUAGAAACUUUACUAGACAUGUGCAUUAAUUUUCAGAGGAAUCAAAGCAAACAACAAAAAUUGCAUUUUUGUUGUUUUUUGCAUUACUGAAAAUUAAAACUUCAGAAAACAAAGAAAAUGCUUUUAUUUCUUUCUAAUGACACAGUGAGUCCACAGAUCAUCUAAUUACUAUUGGGGAAUAUCACUUCCUUGCCUACGUUAGAGCAAGGAAGUGGUAAAGUUAGGUGUUGGAAAAGAAGUUUCUUCAAGCAAGAUUUUAUUAUAUUUCAGCAGUGCAAGAUUGUUCUGCUUUGUCCUAGGGUGUAGCCGUAGUCCAUAUCAGUCUCUUCAGUAGAACAGUGGUAGCUUUCAAGCAAUGGGAACUUGUGGGGUACAAUUCUCACUGCCUCCCAUGUAUUAAUGCUGCCCUAACCGUGCAAGCCUGAGUAAGAUUGCUCAGUCUUUGUUUUUAUCCACAGGCCCAUGUAAGGGAACUGGCCUCUCAAACCUAGUGAGCUGCCGUGCUGCCUGGCAGAAGUCUAAAGGUAAGUUCUAACUUUUAUUUUUUUUUCUGGGACACAUUGCAGAAAAAAUGGAUGGCACUUUAAAAUAAAUUUGUGGGACAAGAGACAUUCGCCUAUUGCUAGGGGGAUCGUUUUAUUAAUGGCAGCAAUAGCAGGCACUGGGGACGAGGAGACUCGUGGCUCAGUAGGUGGUGGUGGUGUUACUUUACUCCCGACGGCUGUAGUAAUACAUUUAGCCUAACGGGAGGUUAAUGCCAAUGAUGGGCAGAGGUAGCUAAGGCGGCAGUUUCUAUUGCGUGCCCUUUUUCCUCCUACACUUCCUGUGUUCCGGAGUGGAGAAAUAGCUGCAUCACAGAUAUAGCAGCGUUGCGGGCCACAAUUUACUGAAAAAUAUAGGUUGAGUCCGGUUUAUCUAACAGAAUAGUACACUCCGUUUGCAGUCAGGCAGGUAAGCACCUCAGAUGAGGUGUAGAGGUUGUCCAAAGUGUUUUUUUGGGGAUUCUUUGCUUUAUUUUUCUGCAAUAAAAAUAAGUUUCCUUUUAAAAUUUAAAGGAGCAGUAACGUGUUUUUUUUUUUUUUUGUGGGGUAUUUUCUAAUUAAAGAUGGACCAAGAGACCCUGCAAGAUGUUACAUGUUUAUUUUGAUGCUAAUGUGGAACCACCAAUCCCUUUCUGUUCCUCGUUUAUUGAGAGAACUUUGCAUUACAGGGAGACUUUUUUUUCCUGAGCCAACAUUGUCUAAGGUGGUUGCUGUUCAGGAGUCUUCUGACAAUGUCCAAGAUAUGCCGCAGCUUUCUCCUCAAGUGUCACAAAAUUUAUCGUCCACACAGCCAGUGCCCUGCGCUUCCUCUAUUACUCUACCUGUAGUUACUUUGCAAGACAUCGCUUCCCUAAUGUCCUCAGCGGUAUCUGAUGUGUUGUCUGCUUUUCCCAUGCUGCAGGAAAAGCGCAAGAGGAAAUGUUAACAAUCCGUGAGUAAGGUUCUUGACACAGUCGUGGCUAUUCCGAAUGUCUCCUCCCAGAAAUCUGAGGAUGAGGAUACUUUGAUAGCAUCUGAGGGUGAAAUCUCAGACGGUGUAACCCCUUUGGCUGAUACUGAAGUUGUUUCUGGUUUAAGCUCGAACACCUCCGUUUGUUACUUGAGGUUUUAGCUACCCUGGACGAUUCCGACACUACUGUCGUAUUCAAUCCUAAGAAGUCUAGUAAACUAAACAAGUGUUUUGAUAUACCUUCCAUGGUGGAGAUUUUUCCUUUACCAGAUCGAGCUACAGAGAUUAUUGCUAGGAAAUGGGUUUCCCUUUUUCUCCAUCCCCUAUAUUUAAGAAGAGGUUUCCUAUAGCAGACUCUAUCAAGGAGUCUUGACAGACGGUACCCAAGGUGGAGUGGGUACCUCUUUUCCCAUAAAGGAUAGUUGUUUCUUUAAGCAUCCUAUGGACCAGAAAUUAGAGGGGUUACUCAAGAUAAUGUAUGUACACCAAUCGUGGAACAAUGGAAAGCAAUCUAAGAAGCCCGCUAAUGACUCAGUCAGCAUCCUUCGUUCAGGCUUGGGUUUGGUAUGUUCAGGAUCCCUGGCCAGUGGACAUAGUGUCCCAGGGAUACAAACUAGAGUUCAGUGUUCCUCCCUGGGGCAGGUUUCUUCUCUCAAGAUGAUCUGUAGACCAGAUAAAGAGAGGCGUUCUUACACUGUGUUCAUGAUUUUUCCGACCUGGGAGUGAUAGUUCCUGUUCCAAUGCAGGAUAAGGGUCUGGGAUUUUACUCCAAUCUGCUUGUGGUUCCCAAAAAAGAGGGAACCUUCACACCAAUUUUAGAUUUCAAGAGUUUAAAUAAAUUCCUCAGAGUACCGUCCUUCAAGAUGGAAACUAUUCGUUCCAUUCUUCCCUUGGUUCAAGAGGGUCAAUUUAUGACAACGGUAGAUUUAAAGGACGCGUACCUGCAUGUUCCCAUCCACAGGGACCAUCACAAGUUACUGAGGUUUGCAUUUCUAGACAAACGCUUCCAGUUUGUGGCUCUUCCAUUUGGCCCUGCCACAGAUCCCAGAAUUUUCUCAAAGGUUCUAGGAUCCCUGUUGGCGAUGCUCAGAUUGUGGGGCGUUGCAGUGGCGCCUUAUCUGUACGACAUUCUUGUUCAGACGGCAUCCUUUCAACAAGCAAAAUCCCACAUGGAAAUAUUUUUCCUUUGAUCUCAUGGAUGGAAGGUGAAUUUGGAAAAGAGUUCCUUAGUUCCAACUACAAGGGUAGUUUUUCUUGGGAACCAUAAUAGAUUCCUUAUCAAUGACAUUUUCUGACAGAAGGCAGGAAAUCAAAGAUUUUUGAUUCCUGUUAGUGCUUCAGUCCUCUCCUUGGCCAUCAGUGGCUCAAUGCAUGGCGGUAAUCGGUGUGAUGGUAGCAGCCGUGGAAAUCAUCCCGUUUGCCCGUUUCAAUUUCAGACCUCUGCAGUUAUGCAUGCUCAGGCAGUGGAACAGAGAUUAUGCGGAUCUGUCUCCACGAGUACAUCUGGAGCAGGAGACCAGGGGUUCUCUUCUUUGGUGGUUGUCUCGGGAACAUCUCUCCCAGGGAACCAGCUUCCAUAGACCCACCUGAGUGAUUGUGACAAAGGACGCCAGCCUACUGGGAUGAUGAGCAGUCUGGGGCUCUCUAAAGGCUCAGGGGACAUGGACUCGGUCAGUUUGGAGCUGGGAGCAAUCUUAAAUGCUCUUCUGGCCUCAGCUUCGGCCCGGUUUAUCAGGUUCCAGUCGGAAAACAUAACUUCAGUGGCUUACAUCCACCAUCCGGGGGGGUACCCGGAGUUCUUUGGCCAUGGCAGAGUUAGCCAAGAAUUAAGUGGGCAGAGUCCCACAACUGCUGCCUGUCGACCAUCCACAACCAGGAGUGGACAACUGAGGGGCAGACCUUUCACCCGGGGGAGUGGGAACCCCAUGCGGAAGUGUUUUCCAGCUUGAUUCUCAAAUGGGGACAGCCGGAGCUGGAUCUCAUGGCAUCUCGGCAGAAUGCCAAGCUUCCGAGGUAUGGGUCGAGGUCAAGGGAUCCUCAGGCGGUACUGAUAGACGCUCUGGCGGUACCUUGGAAUUUCAGUCUUGCACACCUAUUUUCCCUCUCCUCCCUCGAGUCAUUGCUCAAAUCAAACAGGAGAGGGUGUUGGUGAUCCUCGUAACACCGGCAUGGCCUCGCAGGAUCUGGUAUGCAGACCUGGUGGAGUUGUCAUCACUUGCAUUGAGAGAGGACCUUCUAUUUCAAGGGCCCUUCCUUCAUCCAAAUCUAGUUUCUCUGAAGCCGACUGCUUGGAGAUUGAACAAUUAAUAUCAUCUAAGCGUGGAUUUUCAGAGUCUGUCAUUGAGACUGAUUCAGGCUCCUAAGCCUGUGACUAGAAAAGUUUACCAUAAGAGAUGGUGUAAAUAUCUAUCUGCAUUGGUGUGAAUCCAAAGGCUACUCUUGGAGUAGAGUUCGUAUUCCUAGAAUUUUGUCUUUUCUCCAAGAGGGUUUGGAGAAGGGUUUAUCGACAAGCUCCCUAAAGGGUCAAGUAUCUGCUUUAUCUAUUUUGUUACAUAAACGUCUGGCGGAUGUACCAGACGUGCAAUCGUUCUGUCAGGCCGUGGUCAGAAUCGGGCCUGUGUUUAAGCCGGUUACUCCUCCCUGGAGUCUUAAUCUAGUUCUUCAAUAGGCUCCAUUUGAGCCUAUGCAUUCCUUGGAUAUUAAGUUAUCUUGGAAGGUUUUGUUUCUUGUUGCUAUUUCAUCUGCUCAUACAGUUUCAGAGCUCUCGGCAUUACAGAGUUUCCUUACCUUAUUUUUCAUUUGGUUAAGGUCCUAGCUUGGGUAUUGAUUCCCAAUAGUAAUUAGAUGAUCCGUGGACUCACCGUGUCAUUAGAAAGAAAACAAAAUUUAUGCUUACCUGAUAAAUUUAUUUCUUGACACGGUGAGUCCACGGCCCGCCCUGUUUUCUUAAGGACAGGGUUUUUUUGUUAUAAACUUCAGACACCCCUGCACCUUGUUGCUUUCUUUCUCUCAUUUGCUUCAGUCGAAUGACUGGGGUUGGAGGGGAGGGAGGUGAUAUUUAACAGCUUUACUGUGGUGCUUUUUGCCACCUCCUGCUGGGCAGGAGUGAUAUUCCCCAAUAGUAAUUAGAUGGUCUGUGGACUCACUGUGUCGAGAAACAAAUAAAUUUAUCAGGUAAGUAUAAAUGUUGUUUUCUUUAAAGUUUUCAGUUGGUGUAUCCUAUGAUGCAAAAAAUACAGUUCUAUUUUGACAUGUGCUUUGUUCUCUUGGUAUCCAUUGUUGAUAAUGAAAAAGCACGUUUCAUACACUAUAAAGGAAGCAAGCUGGUGAUUGGUGCCUGCAUACAUUUGUUUCUUGUGAUAGGCUAACUAGAUGUGUUCAGCUAGCUGCCACUAGUGCAAUGCUGUUUUAACAAUCAAGCAUAUGUGAAACAAGUAAUUUUGAAAGUUGUUUAAAAUUGUAUGUUCUAUCUGAAACAUUAAUUUUUUUUUUGGGGGGGGGGGGGUUUCUGUCCCUUUGAGAAUUGCAUAGAAUGACAAAAUUAAAGAUAAUAUAGAUUACAGCUUUCAGAUAAAGAAAUUAUCAAUAUAGGUUGAACUGGAUGGACUUUGGUCUUUUUUCAACCUCCUCUACUAUGUUACUAUGUAAUAAUCUGCACUGCAGCUCAUUUAGUAUCUAAUUUAGUUUGAAACUAAUGCAACCAUGAACGUACAUUAACUAAAACCAAAAUCUUAAUUUUACCGGGAAAAAACUAAUCUGACGAAACGAAAAUUCAAAAAGUAAUUUUCUAUCAAAUGUAGUGUUUUGAGCUGCCAUAGAUGAUUUUCUUUGUUUUCUGUAAAGCAAAACUAUUAAUAUUGAAAAUGCCAUUUUUGUUUUCUUCGAUUCCUCUGAAAACAAAUGCACGUCUAGUGAUACUUACAUAAGUGGUAUAAAAUGUGCUGUUAAAGGGACACUGGAAAAAAAGCAACUUUCUAAUUUACUCCAAUUAAAUUUUCUUCAUUCUUUUGGUAUCUUUAUUUGAAAAGCAAGAAUGUACAUUUAGAAGCUGGCCCACUUUUGGUCAGCAACCUGGUUGUUCUUGUUAAUUGGAGGAUAAAUUCACCCACCAAUAAACAAGUGCUGUCAAGUGUUCUGAACCAAAAAUUGGCUGGCUUCUUUAGCUCAGAUGCCUUCUUUUUCAAAUCAAGAUAGCAAGAGAACGAAGAAAUUGAUAAUAGUAGUAAAUUAGAAAGUUGCUUCACAUUUUAGUUCAGUAUCCCUUUUAAGUGUGUUUUUUUUAGGAGGGGUGUAUCAUGUUACAGGAUUUUGGCAUGUAAAUUGGGCAUAAAUAUUCCUUUCCUUUGUAUUGUAUAGUUUUUUUUGUUUUUUUUUCUUCUACUAGUAAGGUUGAUACUAUAAAAAAAUAUAUGCCAUCAUUGAAUCUGUACUUUUAAAAUACUGUUAAAGGGAUACUAAGCCCACAUUUUUCUCAUUUACUUCUAUUAUCAAUUUUUGUUCUUGUGGUAUCUUUAUUUGAAAAACGGGAAAGAAAGCUUAGGAGUUGGCCCAAUUUUUGGUUCAGUCCCUGUAUAGCACUUGCUGAUUGGUGGCUGCAUUUAUUCCUGCUUUUCAAAUAAAGCUACCAAGAGAACAAAGAAAAUAGGAGUAAAUUAAAAAGUUGCUUAAAAUUUGCAUGCUCUAUCCGAAUUAUGAAAUAAAAAAAAAUUGGGUUUAGUGUCCCUUUAAUCCAGGAACAUGCUGUAGUAAAGGCAGAGUACACUGAAACAAAAAUAAAAUUCACACUUGUGUUCUGUAUUGUAAAAGCUAUAUGUUGUAUAAAAGAAACUGGCAACCAAUGUAAAGUGUAAAAUGAUUCAAAAGUUUUUGUCCAAGAACCUAUAAUAGUGUUAAGUUUUUGGGUGUGUUUAACAAGGCACUUGUUGAGUUCUGGCAAAAUGUAAAGGGCCAUUAUAAUGUUAAAAUUACAUGCUCUGAUCGAGCAUGUAAUUUUAACACUAAUGAUGCUAUAAAGCUAUGUGUUUAACCACCGCAAAGGGGUUAAUCACAUUAUCCCUCUCAGAGCAUGCAAAGCACUGCUGGUGCAUAGUCAAUCCACAGCACAACUUAUGGCCCUUUAAAACCGAACAGAAAGAAAAAAUAUUUUGGGAAUGGAAAUAUCAUGUAAAUUGUACAUAUACAAUAUAUAUCUUGAGGGGCAUCAAAUAAAAAAAUAAAAAAAGAAUGUUGGAGCACCUUUUUCAUAUUAAACAUGCAAAAAAAGUGUGUGUAGGGUAUUAAGCUGUUUUAACAUAAGCAUAACAGGAGAUGAAUAACUGUAUAUUAGAAAUGUAUUGCUCACUGAUUUGUAGGCAGAUUUAUACUACAUUUUUGGUUGCCGCAAAUAAAAAAUACUUAAUGGUUCUUAAGAUUAAGAAACAAAACUGUAUAUAGUGUUCUGAUAUUUUGAAUUUAUUUUAAUAAAGAAAAGUUUGACUAUCA